UAGCUAUAACCUCUAGGAGGAUUAACCCCAAAGUGAGGCAGUGAUAGUAUAUUAAAUGCAGAUUGAUUGGUCAGGAAUCCCUGCCUUGCUUUGGAAGCAAUCACAUUUGUGCACUUUUCUCAUAAUCCUCAUUUAAUAGCGAUCAUUCUGUGCCGCUGAAUAACUUCUUUCAGAGAGAUGAAGCUGGCAAGCCAACUGGUGUGAAGUGGGAUAGAGCGGAGGUCCACAGUUCUGUGUGCAGUGGAUGCAGCAAUUCCAGCCCUGGGACUCAGGUACACACAUGUUUUCUAGAUAUAUGUGAAAUGACAGUCUCAUGGGAAAAGGGAUGUUUGCCAAGAUUCUAAAUGCUUUCCUUUUUGUGCAACCAAUUUAUGCCAUAUGGGCAUGUUACCGCUCCUGCCCAUCAAACUGCGUUUGCACUCAGGAGCGAAGCUGCUCGGUUUUGUGUGAUCGAAUUGGACUCCCAGAGAUCCCGAAGGAAUUCCCUUGUGAAGCUUCCUUUAUUAACCUUGAUAAAAACAACAUCAAAUUUCUAUAUGAAAGAGCAUUUGGGACGCUGCCUUUAUUGAAAGGGCUCUCACUGAGUCACAACAACAUAUCCUUUAUCACUCCAGGGGCUUUCAAAGGGCUCCCUAACCUGACCGAGCUGAAAAUGGCACAUAAUGAGUACAUUCGGUAUUUGCACACCAGAACAUUUUCAGUUCUGAAGAAGCUUGUUAAACUUGACCUAGCCGACUGCAACCUUUUCAACAUCCCAGACAGAAUUUUUGUGGAACUCCCAUCUCUUCACGAGCUAAUCUUCUUCCAAAAUAAUUUCCGAAGAAUACCAGGUGCUAUCAGAGGAAUGGAGAAUCUAACUCAUAUUUACCUGGAAAGCAACAGAAUUGAAGCCGUGGCCUAUAAUUCCCUCCAAGAUCUAAUCAACCUGAAGUAUCUUAACCUCCAAGACAAUAAAAUUAAUGUAAUCCAUGACCGGUCUUUCCAAGACUGUCAGAAACUGGAAUAUCUCUAUCUCAAUGACAACUUAUUGAAUGAGUUACCGGAAAACUCUUUCAAAGGCCUCAAAUGUUUGAAGAUGUUAAACCUGGGUGGAAAUUUUAUAAGGAAUGUAUCAAGUGCGUGGUUUCAGGAUCUAGUAGAACUCGAGGUUCUCUAUCUUGACCGGAACAGAAUCAGUUACAUUGAAGAAGGGGCUUUUGAAAAUCUCACCAGCUUGGUAACAUUGCACCUGAACAGCAACAAUCUAACCACUUUACCUUUUGAAGUGUUCAGACCGGUUUAUUUUUUGGGUAGACUUUUUCUCUUUAGAAAUCCCUGGGAAUGUGACUGCAGGAUAAAAUGGUUACAAGACUGGAUGGAUAACUAUAAGCUUGUUCGCGAUGUACCCUGCUCUGCACCAGCAUUAGUGGCAGGCAUGGACCUUAGUAGUAUACUGUUAAAGAAAUCACAGGAUGGAGUCUGCCUGGACCCAACUGAUGAAAACUUUACAUAUUUUGUCCCACUCCCUACAGAUGGACUUCAGUCAACAAUGGAAACCAAACUAAGCAGCCUUAUCUCAAGGCUCCUCUUACCAAAAGGAAAUUACGAAGCAUCUGGAAAUAUAACUGAUUCUUCAGACAAUACUACAUUAUCUGAUGGAAAGAACACUGCAUCCUCCCUAGAUCUUUCACAGAAAGUAAUAGCCCACAUACUGUGCUUUAUUCUAUCACUGUUUCUCUAAAUGGGCACUAAUUCAGAUAUUUUUCCUUUGACUAAUGAAUAGUAUGACAUUUGAAGAAAUAUACCAUUUGUUAAAAGAUGAUUAAAGAUGAGAUAAAAAUACAUUA